GUGAGAGAAAGAGAGAGAGAGAGAGUGUGUGUGUGAGUGGGAGCAGGAGCAGAGACUCUGCAGUGUCUUGAGAGGCAGCUGCAGUAGUGCAUCUCCCACCACCGUCCGCGAUGCUUCCGCUGAUGAUGCCCGCCUCCUCCGCCUUCACCUGACCGCAGAAACCGAAAUGAAGUCGUCGGGAAACUGAUCCGGACGUUCACACCUGCUCGCUCGGUGUAUCCCACCCCCACCCCCUCGCUCCUGUCUCUUGGUUCUCCGAAACCCCCCCAGGAGACAGUAAGGAGCGCUUCAUCCACGCACCCAAAGCUAGUUGGCAAAAUGUUUUAUUUUUUAUGGAAAAUGGCGAUAGGAAAAAGACCUCGCAGCAUCGUCUGUUUAGUAUCAGUACAAAUUCUCCUGAUUUUCAGCGCAUCGUGGCCUGGAGCAGAGGGUCUCACAUUCCCACAGCAAUAUACGAUAAUGCACUGGGCCAGGCGGAUCGAGCAGGAGAUUGACAGAGUCUUUCAGCACAUCACUGGAGCUCAGCAGCUGAAAGGGAUAUACAAUGAAGAAAGGCGACGGUUCAGUCUGGUGAAGAAUCAGCCUCGUAGGAUCGUGGAACAGGUGGCCUUAGAUAUCGAAAAACUCCUGGCAAAGAAGCGCAAAGCACUUGAUCGUUUAGCGAAGGAGGCAGAGCGGCUGCAACGGGAACAUCUAUGGCAAGAUGGACUCAAGGAGCUUGACAUGGCCUACUAUGACUCCAAAGCUGAUUUGGAAUAUUAUUCCGUGGAUGGAGAGGCUGAGGUGGAAAACCCUUCCCAACUCAAGCUGGAGUUUGUGUAUGAUCCAAACUUCAAAAAUAAUGUCAACUUCUCACACACAGCAGUUCAGAUCCCGACAGAUAUUUACAAAGGAGCUCCAGACAUCCUGAAUGAGCUGAACUGGACUCAGGCCCUGGAGAGAGUGUUUAUGGAGAACAGCAGGGAAGAUCCAUCGCUGCUAUGGCAGGCGUUUGGGAGCGCAACAGGAGUCACUCGCUACUAUCCAGCAUCCCCCUGGAAAGCGCCUGAUAAAAUCGACCUGUACGAUGUCCGAAGGAGGCCUUGGUACAUCCAGGGGGCCUCAUCUCCCAAAGACAUGGUCAUCCUUGUUGAUGUGAGCGGCAGCGUCAGUGGACUCACGCUCAAACUGAUAAAGGCGUCGGUGAUGGAAAUGCUGGACACUUUAUCUGAUGACGACUACGUCAACGUAGCCAGGUUCAAUGAGAAGGCUGAGGCUGUGGUCCCUUGUUUCAAACAUCUAGUCCAGGCUAACGUGCGAAACAAAAAGAUUUUUAAGGAGGCCGUGCAGCAGAUGCAGGCCAAAGGCACCACCGACUACAAGUCUGGGUUUCAUUUUGCCUUUAACCAGCUCCUUAACAAGACAAAUGUCCCGCGGGCUAACUGCAAUAAAAUAAUUAUGCUGUUUACUGAUGGAGGGGAGGAUAGAGCUCAGGAUGUCUUCCUGCAAUACAACUGGCCCAACAAAACAGUGCGCGUAUUUACUUUUUCCGUGGGUCAACAUAACUACGAUGUGACGCCUUUACAGUGGAUUGCUUGUACUAAUAAAGGCUACUAUUUUGAGAUCCGUUCCAUCUGUGCCAUACGGAUUAAUACCCAGGAGUACCUGGACGUGCUGGGGCGCCCCAUGGUUCUGGCAGGCAGCGAGGCCAAGCAGGUUCAGUGGACCAAUGUGUAUCAGGAUGCUCUGGGUCUUGGCCUGGUAGUGACAGGAACUUUGCCUGUGUUCAAUCUCACCAUGAAUGGAAACUCACAGAAUCAGCUGAUAUUAGGUGUCAUGGGAGUGGAUGUACAUCUAGAUGAGAUAAAGCGACUGACACCACGUUAUAAUCUGGGAGCCAAUGGAUACAUAUUUGCCAUCGAUCCAAAUGGAUAUCUGCUCCUCCAUCCUAAUCUUCAACCGAAGCCUGUGAACGUCCCUGAACCUGUGACCCUGGACUUCCUGGAUGCAGAGGUAGAAGACAGUAAUAAAGAGGAGAUUCGACGAUAUAUGAUUGAUGGAAGACCAGGGGAAAUGCAGAUAAAAACUCUCGUUAAGUCUGUUGAUGAUCGAUACAUCGAUGAGGCAUCCAGAGGCUACACCUGGACUCCCAUCAAUGGCACUGAUUAUAGCCUUGGUCUGGUAUUACCUCCUUAUAAUGACUACUACAUCCAGGCAGACCUCAGCGAUGUGAUGCUGCAGCUCCAGUAUAUGCAGUCGUUGUUGCCGAGCUCCUUUGAAUCCUCCGGGCAUGUUUUUCUGGCUCCAAGGGAAUACUGCAAGAACCUUCAGCUUUCUGAUAACAACACACAGUUCCUGCAAAACUUCCUCUCUCUCAUGCUUGAUAUCUCCCCAGAGUCUGAUGAAUGUGACCAAGCUCUCAUCCACAACCUUAUCCUGGAUUCCAGGAUAAUUGGUCAGCUUGCUUCUCGUGUUUGGAAGAACAAGGAUCUGAAUGCGUAUGGCUUCCUGGCUGUUUUUGCAUCCACAGAUGGAGGAAUAACACGUGUUUUUCCCAACAUAGCGGCUGAGUUGUGGGAUGAGGACCCAGAACCGUUUAAUUCGGAUUACUACAGACGAAGCCUGGAUAAUAAAGGCUACAUGUUCAAGCCUUCACUGAGACCCUCAGACGACGACCCUUUUGGAGCUGAAAACGGCACCACAGGAAUCCUGGUUAGUUCAGCUGUCGAGGUCAAUUUAGGAGGUAAACUGCUCAAGCCUUCAGUGAUUGGAGUGAAGCUGGACCUGGAGGCGUGGGUGGACAAGUUUAAAAUCCUGGCCAGCAACGUGUCGGAUAACCGGCAGGGGUCACACAAGUGUGGGCCAUCCAGAAGCUGUGAGAUGGACUGUGAAGUAAACACAGAUGACUUGCAGUGCUAUCUCAUCGAUGAUGGCGGCUUUCUUGUCAUGUCCAAUCAGAGAGAUCACUGGAAACAGAUUGGUCUAUUUUUUGGGGAUGUGGACCCUUUCCUGAUGUAUGCGCUCUACAACAACUCCAUCUUCGCUCGUCGACAGUCUUUCCAGUACCAGUCUGCAUGUGAAAUGGUCAGCAGAAGCCACACUGGAGCAGCACCAAGAGGCAUCUACGUGCCGUCCAUAGCUGAUGUCUUGAGCUUGGCGUGGUGGACGUCCACACUGGCAUGGUCAGUGCUCCAGCAGCUUCUGUAUGGACUUGUCUACAGCAGGUGGCUCUACCAAGAUGACAUCUUUGUUGAUGGCUAUGAGACAAAACAAAGCAGCUGUGUGACCAUCCAUAGCCAGUUCUACUUCACAAACACCACCAACUCCUACAACAUCCUGCAGGACUGCGGAAACUGCUCACGGCUUUUCCACUCAAAGCGCAUAGAAAACACCAACCUGCUCUUUGUGGUUGCUGAGACACUGCCCUGCAGCUCCUGUGAAAUUGAGAGACUGUCCCAGAUCAAGAGGGAGUUUCAGGAGGAAAAUCCAUGUGAACUACUGAGCAAUGCGCGAUAUCGUAGAGGCCCAACUUCAUGCUUUGACUACAGUGCCUUAGAAAACACGUCAGAGUGUGGACGGGGUUCUUCAUUGCAGUCCUCUAUAGGAGUUGUUCUCUUCAUUCAGCUCAUUCUGCCUCUCUUUCAUCUCUCACACAUCCAAACACUCUGACAUGUUCCCUGUCCUCGGAUUUAGGCUCAGAUUCACAGAAGGUCAGAUCAAACAGCAACUGUGACGUUCUUUUUUCUUUUCACCGACUACUCACAGUGUAUUGUGCUUUGAGUGGAAAGCCCUGGCUUAGCUCCUGAGAUUUAUUUUUUGCCUCACUGCUUAUAUAUUUCUUGGUUUUUGAAGGGCUUGAAUGUGAAAGUUUGGAGGGAAAUGUGUCGAGUCUGCAUGCAGCUUAACCUUGUUAAGAAUAUUAGAUUUUAUUUCUAUUUUCCACAUGUAACAAAUAAAAAAAUGUCACAGAGGCAGUCAAAGUUUACCUUGAAAGAAGUGGAUAACAAUUAAUUAAAAACUCGCUUGUUUUUGUAUGCUUUCAAUUAAUUGAGAUUAUUAUAAAAGGUGCAAAAGCAAAGUAUGGAAAUAUACCGAUAAAUGCGAAGGUUCUGCAUUCCAACUUUGUACUGUACUUUAAAAGCAUUGCAGCGUUUGUGUCUUACACUUGUUUGUACAGAAACUGAUCUAAGGCAUUUAUCAUCCCUGAAGCCUGUAAAUGUAUAAAUAAGAGUCGGGGGCUGGAUGUACUUUAGACAUCCAGCUGUUGUUUUCUCAGAUGUUGCUUGUGUUGUCCUAAAAUUACCCCUGUGGCAUUUGGUCAGUUUCAAAACUAAAUCAGUUAUAUAACCGAACACAUGCAUGGAAAACAUUUGUAAAGUGUAAACUUUGAAAUGUCUUUGAGCAAAGAAAAUCUGAUCAUGAAACCCAAUUUCUGCACUGGAAGUGUGCAGAACUUUUACUGGUUGAAAAGUAUGAAAAUAUAAAUCUGCAAAGUUAUGGUUUUCACAUGCAUGGGUUUUGAAACAAAUUACGUACCAUAUUUCCCUUGUCCAUGUUUCUGGGUGCAUGUUCAGUCCUUGUCCAUGUCAUUUUACGUAAGGUACAGAAAGCUGCUGCAGCUACGGGUGUUUUUACAUGAUGGUGUAUCUGGGUCUUAUCCUCACAUUCAUUCCUGUGUCUUUGACUCCACCUCUGAGCUUUGUUAAGACAGUUUCAGUAUUGUUCUGUGGUUCAAACAUGACAGGACUCUCAUUGACUUCACUCUCUUCUCCAAAGCAUGUCUUCAUCUUCUAUGUCUUUACAUUCAGCCAGAUUCAUCCCAACAAAGCUAUUGUUCUCAAUGCUUGGGAAAAGUCAAUAUAAUAAAAAAAAAGGACAUGUAUUUCACGAUACAUAUCAGUAAAGAAACAUCUUUGCAUUUUGUUGUGUUGUAAGAUUAACCAUUGGCUUUAUUGAAAUGCUUCACAGCUACUCGCGGGGUUUUAAAGUGCUUCCAGUCCUGUUAGAUGUUGUCCAAGAAGGUAGAAUCAAACAACAGGAGAUCGAUUUUAUUAACUAUUAAUGCACAGAAAUUAUAACAUUGAUUGCAAUAAUGCUAUUAUACCGACCCUCGAUGUUCGUACUAUGAUCAAAAUGAGUAAUUCUCAAUGUGUUUCACUGAUGUAGCUAAUGUCAGUGUGUGGCCAACAUGUUUUAUGCGUCAGCUGUGUGACUGGUGGGACUCUAAGAAAUAUUUUUGUAACUUGUGUCGUCACAAUGUUGUCAAUUUUAUAUUUAUGCACUUGUGUAUGCUUCUGUAUGAAGAAUGUAGCUUAGACAGCUUUUGGUGUUAACAAUAUGUUGUCAGUAUGAUUAACGUGUUUUUUGAAACCUCUUUCUUGAUUUUAAUUGUUUGGCAUGAUUCACUGUGGCAGAAGGCUUCUGUUUUAUUAUGUGUACCUUAACAGAAACCUAAGUAAAGACUUUUUGAACAGUAUAACAGUAUAAGACAAUGUUCACAAAUAAAAGCAUUAUCGUUUGUGCUUUUAGGGCAUUGGUCGCAGCAUUUAUACGUUAUCAACCUCAACCCUCCUCAGUACAAGGAUAGUACAGCCAGGGAAUACUACAAUAGUUUGAGAAAGGUUUAGAUCUAACAGUAAACCCUAUAAUGCAAACAACAACCGCCAAUAAACACACAUUAAUUGGACAGUAUUUAAACAGAGGUUCUACCUAUUUGCAAAACCCCAAGAAAAACAUUGAGUUUGAUAAUAAAAACUUGGGUUUGAUGUUUUUUGAUACAACAAAAACAUUGUUUUAAUAUCAUAAGAAUAUCAUCCUCUGUCCUCUCUUAAGGUUACAUCAACUGAAGAUUUACGUAUACCUGAAAAUUUGUUAUUGCACCGUAAAGGAAGAACAUUUUUUGCGCUGAAAAAAUUGUUAGCUGAUGAAUGGAAAACAUCCUCCAACGUGAAGAGAACAUAUUGCAGAUAAGAGAUGAGAGGUUAAAGUACACAUGGUGAAAUCCAGAAUAAAUCUCCUGUAGUGAUUCAUGCUUUCUUGUCUUUUUAAGUCAUUGUUUGAUCUGGCUGCCGACUUAUCUGGGGUAUAUUUUUAAAAGAUUUUUCAAAAAAAGUGUUUGUAAACCAAUGUUUUUCUCAGUCAGCCUGGUGUUCCAUCCCGCAGUGCCUUGUUGCACUCGUCAUUUUGGAUUACAGGAGCAUCUGAAUCUUGGCUGUGGAUAUUCAGUAUGAAACACACCCUGGAAAAUUGGAGCAGUCCAGCUAUAAAAUGACUCCUUGGUUCCAGGGAUUUUAAAAGAUGCUCAUUUUGAACAUUUGUAAAAGGAGCACAGUUGGGAAAAAGCACAGCAAGAGAAUAAUCUGCAGGAACCCCCCUGAGGUUUUCAGAUGGACAGAACUUGACAGGAACUAACCUUGCUGCCAUCCUGCUUUGUUUCAUUGAUUUCUACACUGUGGUUCAGGCUUAAAUUAAAGAAUAGACUCUAGAUUUCUACUUUGUCCCAUCAGCGCACCAUCAGUUUGUAUAUUAGGCAUCUAUUGGAAAGAUUUGCAUAUCCGUUGCGACAGACUGAAUUAAAUGAACAAGUGUUUACUUAAACAAAAACUGUUCUGCAUCUCUUCUGGACCCAAGCAUGGCGGGGACUUGAAGAACAAAGAUCUUCUGUAGGUCUUCUGUAACGUAACAGAAAGAGAGUUUGAGGUACUUAGCAGCCUACAUUGCAAUGUUGACACAGCUAAGGUAUUUUAUUUUAAAUGACUGGUAUUCACUUGCAUGAUAUUUUGAACACUUUACAGAUAUGUGUACAAAGAUACUGAUGAGUAUUUUACAUUCAAGUCUGCAUCCAGCUAUGCAGCUAUGUGGCUACACCCUUUUUAGAUAAACUGCAUGGAAGAGGAGGCUGCAGAUGAAGCUGAAAGUGUGACUUCAGUGAAGCCUACAGGGACUGACGGCAUAUAGGCGAUUUAUGUAUUUUGCAGCUAAUGAAUGAACAGAGAAGGUAAGGUUCUGAGUAACAUACUGCCCAUGAAAAUUGUUUUUAUGUGGGAAACAAAUCUUCAAAUUAAAUGUGAAACACUGAAAGUUAUUUAUGCAUCUAUAGGUUGUAUAUGAAAAUAAGGCAAAGGCACACUUUAGAACAACCACUUAUUCUGUCUGUUAAUGUUAAAUAAAAUUUUAGUAUUGUUUUUUUAUUUAUGUGAUAUUUUAUAAGUUGAACAUGUCAACAAAUAACAGAUAGGAACUGAAUGUAUUUAAAGUUUCUGAGGGUACAGAAGGUAUAAAUGGAUAUAUAAUAAAAUACCCUGUAUGUUUAUGUCCUCUGAUUUUUUUUGAGAAACAAACAGUAAGAUUGUUUUUUGCUGUAACUUUGCUGACGUUGAUAUUUACUCUGGAACAUUUCCUCUCUUUGUGCCAGUCUCCAAUGCCACCGCAUUUUGUAAAGGCAGCGUGAAACAGUCAGAACAUAAAGGAUGAAUUUUGUCAGUCCCAUUAUGAAAUAGAUAUUUAAAUGUUUAUAUAUUUGGUGAUUAAAAUGCUGUUGAUAUUUUUCAA